AUGGAGUUUCCCUUUACCAACCUGGAAAUGGCAUUCAUUUUAUUGGCUUUUGUUAUCUUUUCCUUAUUUACCCUGGCUUCCAUCUACACUACUCCGGAUGACAGUCAUGAAGGUAAAGGAAGAAAAAAAAAAAGAAAGUUCUUUAUGGCUACUGUGUACUUUUCCCUCCCUAUCAUCUUGCUGUGUGUUCAAAUUUGA